AUGGUCUAUCUUUAUGUUUUCGAGGGUGCUGAAUCCGAAUAUGUUGAUGACAGUGUCCGAGGUGUGACAGUGUCCAAAGCUAACAGUGUCCGAGGUUCGACUGUAAUUGGUCAGGGAAAAAUAGACAGACAAGCCUUCGAGUACACGAUCAAGCAAUUAAACAACUACUUUGCUGAAGCAGAACGAGCCAGUUGUUCAACCUACUGCGAAAGUUGUCUUGCAUGCCUCACGGGCUACCUCAUCUACAUAUGCACUGAAACGCACUACGAGAAGUGUCUUCGAAAAGUGGCAAAAUUCGUGAGUGAACAAAAUGACCGAGUUUACAGGCCACGCGGUUUGCUUUUAACAGAUCCCACAACACGUGGCCUUAGAUUAAUAGAGAUUUCAAUCUUAGACAGGCCCGCGUCGUGACUGCAUGUUAGCCGAUCCACCGAAUUUUUCAUGUGACCCUCACAUUCUGCCGUUUUUGACAGAACUUCACAUUCACACCUAGUUUACAGUCUCUCUGCCACAAAUGACUGCGUAGGGAAAUCAAUUAAAUAAAUUACAAAAAUCUUUUACUCAUUCUCGCCAAUCAGAGAAUCUUAAAAUAUUGUCAUUAAGGACACUUUGCACGACCCAGAAUUAUUUUUUUAUGGGUUUCAUACAAGCGCGACUAACUUGGAACGAGUAACUCAUAAACGAAAAUAUAGUUGAUAUCCGGAACUUUUACUAAACUUGUGGUAUUUAAAUUUUCUUUCAUGGAUUACUUUUUUUCAUAUGAGGCAGUAUCAAAAAAAGAUUCAUCUCAAUAUUUUUAUCUGAAGACUGUCUUUUGUCCACCCACGCAAUCUAAAAUUUAUACGGAAAAAAAUGGAAAAAGUUUUAACUUUUCCAAUGUCCUUAUCAGAAAACUGUGUUAUAACUCACGUCAUCUGAAAUGUACGAAAAAGUGCGUGGUCUGCUAAAAUACAGUUUUCCGAUAAGAAUUUUCAGAUUAAUCUUUUUCUGGUGUUGUCUGACAUCAAAUAGAAGUUCUAAGUAAAAAUAUGAGAUCCUAACGUUUACAAAAAAGAUAGAAUUUGUUUCGAAUUUUUUUAUAUACAAUUUUCAGAGUGCGUGGGUGGAGAAAACGCAUUCUUCCGAUAAUGAUAUUAGAUUAAAUCUUUUUUUGGUGUUGCCUGACAUAAAAUAAAAGUAAUUAAUAAAAGAAAAUCCAACUUAUAAUCUUUUAAGGCAAAGUUGGAUUUUUUCCCGAAUACAUAAUUUAUUUUAUUAGAUUCAAAUAAUAAAUAUGACUUUGUUAAGAUCUAAAUGUAUAUAAUAUACUAUUUUUUUAUAUUUAUUUUCGAUUAAUUAAUAAGCGUUCCGGGCUUCAGUGAAAUUCAAUUUAAAUAUUAAAAAAAAACUAGUAUGUUUGUAAUAAUUGCAGUUUUUUCCUCUAAUUUAAUUUUAUAACCCCGCAAAAUAUGCCCUCCUGUACCAAAUUUUCAUCCGUAAAAUCGUUUUUCGAUCAGACGAUAUCCUCUCGUCUUUUUUUAUUUGAAAAUUAAAAAAAAAACCAUUGGUUUAGAAAUUAUGGAAAAAAUUUCCUAAAUACAGUUUUUUCUAGUGAAUAUCAGUAAAA